AUGGACAACAUGGAUUCGGACGAUGAUUGGGACGCCGACGAGCACUCGCACGACUUGAUCCACAUUCCCCUCGAGCCUCACCAGGGCCGUACCAUACUCCCAGCCCCUAUUGCAAAGGCCGUCAGCCUCGCCACACGCUCAACCUGUCUGGCCAUCCGCGUCGGUACUCUCGUCAGCUCUUAUGGUUUCGAUGCUGCAAAGUUCACCACCCUCUCCAGUCUCGAGCUGGGUAGAGGUAUUCUUGAGGGGAUACUCAGUAGGUCUGGGAGGGACAUGCUCGUGCGCUCCAAUAGCGACUUGGGGAGGGAAGAUGCCGAAACUGUCUUGGAGAGAAGCUUGGAGCACCUGCACCAUGCUAUGUCACAGAUCGUGUUCUGGACUACCACCGGUUUUCAGAUGACAAGUACUACCUUUUCAGUGGUGUCGGAAGUAUCACAGCUACUUCUCUCGUCUCUCGACCAGUUCUUUGGCUCCACCGAUUCUUCGCGCGCCAUUGCAAGCAUCAUCACUCUUAUCCGUCGAGAAUUUCAAAACCCUGCAACCGGGGUAGAGGGCGAGCGUGUGGGUGUCGUCGAUCUUGUUAUGGGCUUGUGCGCUUUGGCCUACCUCCAACGCAAGUGUCGACGCUUCCUUGAUGAGGAGAGUAGGCGGUUGGGACAUGACGAGAUCGUCUGGGACGUCGUCGUCCUCAACGACGGCGAGCGAGUCGACAUCCACGAGAACAGUCUCUACGGUGUGCACAAGGGCCGUUACAAGAGCAAGGGCCCUGACAUCUUGGUUUCCAUACCAGGCGAUCAACCCAGCCCUAGUAUCCUAGCCACUAUCGAACGCCAUGGGGAACGAGAAACCAGCGAAGAUGAGGAUGACGACGAUCUGCCCGAGAUCCGUUUGAAGAACCAGAUCAUGCGCUCUAUGCCCUCGGACACGAGCGUCUCCAUCUCAACAACCACCUUGACGAGGAAAAUGAUCACCGUAGAUUUUACUGGCCCCGAGCCACCGACAUUGACACCGCCUCCCGGCGUGGAGGUCGUUGAGCGAGAGGUCCUGCCUUCAGCAGAGUAUCAAAAAGAGCAGCCUACACGACAACAUGCGGUUGCCGAUGUUCCGACGUACCGGGUUGUAUACAGGGUGGACAAGAGCAAACAGCGGAGCACCACAUUUCGGGGCUACGAAGAGCCAGAGGAGACGACCAGAAAAGUAGAGUCCCUGGAUGACACUGAAGAUUCGGAUGCCUUUGGCCGAGACGGCGACAACGACGACCCACCACCUCCCGUUCCUCCUAAACCCGCGCUGCCAGUAGUCGCGGCCAGUUCCUCGAGAGCAGAAGCAACUUCCAAUUCGACCCCUCGUCGCACAAAGGUUGGGUCCGGCGUCCCUUCGACAUCCCCCAACAGCAGAGCAUCCCAAAUCCCAACGCCAAAGCAGAACCCGGAGAACGCGCCUAACCAAAAGCGACAGCGAGCGCCACUGGCUCCUUUACCAGCGAGGCCACGUCAUGAGAAUGCUGUUUCUUCGCAUUCUGAAACCACCAAGGCCAAAAGAAUAAAAGGCGAUUCUUUGCCAACGAGCAAGCCGUCAGAAAAGCCCGCAGAGAAGAAAAGCGGUAUCAGACAGGCCCUGAAGAGGGGUACUAGUUCAAAUAUUUCCAACCUAUUCCACCGAGAUGGAGCGGGCACUACGAGCUCGCAAUCCGCGGGAAAGGCCAAGCAAACCCCUCGAGCCGGACCCGCGGAGAGGACUACGCGCACUCCCACCCAGUCCAGUCGUCCUUCCCAGAACCGGGCCAUGGGACCGACGGCUUCCUCCAGCUCCCGAGGUCGCAACUACGAGAACCCCUCACCAGUACCUCGUAGCUCCUCGCGAGCUAGUUACAUCUCGGUCCAUGAACGCCGGCGAGACUCGAUUGUUUCGCAGACGGAAACCUACUCGUUCCAUGCAGUCGAUGGGCUUCGGCCACAGUCGCCAGGGUACGGCCGCCGAGACGGUAUGGGCCAGUCCAGUAUCCCGAAAUCUCGGUCGGAGAAGGACAUGAACGAUCAGAAACCGCCGUCACCCAUGAAGUCACGCAGAGCACGCUCCCAUGUCAACACACCGAGUCUUUACAGCAUCGCGAACACGGGCUCUCAAACAUCGCUGGUUUUGUCCUCGUACUACCAGAAGAGUGCAUACACAGAUUCUGAAGCCAUUGAUACCUUGAGGAGGGCGGGCACAGUAGAUGGCGUUUUCCCUGCCUUCCAUCUGCUUCGCAACAUCACUCGUUACAUGAGGUUUUCUUCGGCUUCCUACGGCUCCAAUUUCCUCAAGUUCAUGGGUAUUUCCAAGGAGAUGCCCCUGCUCAGGGCACUUGACGACACGCAUCAUGAAAUCCGAUCCUUUGCCCACCACACGGAAUCAGAGGCGGCGAGUAUUCUCCUUGCGUCGUUUGUUGAUUCCCAGGGAGGUUCGGACACGACUGGCUCGACGGGUACCGGUGUUCCAUUGGUUCAUUACAUCUCCCUGGACCAUGAAUCAAAGGCUGUUGUUCUCGCAUGCCGUGGCACACUAGGUUUCGAGGAUGUCUUGGCCGAUAUGGCUUGCGAUUAUGACAAUCUUUACUGGAGAGGAAAGUCGUACAAGGUGCAUAAGGGCAUCCACGCGUCCGCCCGGCGCUUGCUCUAUGGCGGCGACGGGCGUGUUCUCUACACGCUCAAGGAGGCUCUGGACGAGUUCAGUGAUUACGGACUGGUCCUCUGCGGCCACUCUCUCGGAGGCGGUGUUACUGCCUUAUUGGGUACGAUGCUCGCGGAGCCAUCGUCCACCGGCACAGGGUUUGUCACCACGUCCGAGCCGCAUCGCCGCCUUCUUGGGGAUGGCCGCUUCCUUGAGACGGACACAACACACGUGUGUCUCCCAUCAGGCCGCCCCAUUCACGUCUACGCCUACGGGCCCCCAGGCACUAUGUCGCCUGCCCUACGCAAAGCCACCCGAGGUCUCGUCACGAGCGUCGUGCACGGCUGUGAUCUGGUCCCGUUUUUGUCCCUAGGCGUCCUGCACGACUUCCAAGCCGUUGCGCUCGCUUUCAAGAGCGACAACCAUGAGGCCAAGGUCGAGGUCAGGCAACGCAUAUGGCAGGCCUUUCAGACUGGCCUCGCAGAGAAGUGGUACACGAGUAGUAGCCGCUCGAUGGUCGCCGACGAGGACAAGUGGAGCAUCUCGGCACUAACGACGCUGCGGUCGAGCAUGAUGAGCCUCAAGCUUCUGCCUCCCGGUGAAGUGUUUAUCGUCGAGAGCCAACGGGUUCUGAGACGCGAUGCAUUCCUUCUGUCAGAUGAGGAGUCUAUCGGACGACCUGCGCAGCGUAUUGUAUUGAAAUACGUUAGGGACGUUGAGUCCAGGUUCAGGGAGGUUCGCUUUGGCACAAGUAUGCUCAUCGACCAUAGCCCGGCCAAAUACGAGGAUGCAUUGAACAAGCUCCGCUUCGGGGUUGUCGAGACGGGCUAA